AUGAAUGAUCUCAUAAAUCACGCAAAGAUUGUGUCAUUAAUGCAAUCCAAACGGCAUUUGUCUCUAAGAAGCGCUCAUUUGGUUAAAAGCAUUCAUCCGAUGAAAGAAAUAUAUGACAAAUCGUUGCCAUCGGUCGUCAAAAUCAACGCCCAAAGAGGGACCGGAACCGGAUUUAUAGUGGAUUCCAAUGGACUUAUCGUAACCAACGCUCAUGUGGUUAAAGAUCAGACAUUUGUUACCAUAAUAUUCUCGCAGUUGUACUCAAUGAACAGUUUAUUAUACAGUAGUAGUGAUGAUCCCAAUGAGGAUCGCGACAAUCAAAUGCAGGGACAGGUGGUGUACGUCCAGCCGCACAACGACUUGGCUUUGAUCCGUCUGUACGUCAGGCGCGGAGUAUUGACGGCAUUGUCUCUCUCGCAAAGAACUCAUCUAACGGUUGGCGAGUCUGUGAUGGCGAUCGGGAAUCCGACUCUGAAUUUCAGCCCAACUCACGGAGUGAUCACUUGUUUGAGUCGAUCGGCCGAUAGUGCCGUCAGUGUUGGCGUCGAUACUUAUUUUUUGCCGUUUUCACGUAUUGAGCACAAGUAUGUGAUACACUCGGCGCCCACCACUUCUGGCUUUUCUGGCGGUCCUGUAGUCGACUCCAACGGUGAGGUCGUGGGUGUAGUGAUGGCCCACUUGUUUGCUGUCAAUGCCUGUAUUUCCGCUGACGAUAUCAGAGUGAUUGGCUUUACGGCUAAUAAUCCGUUGAAUAAUAACACAGAAUCUAUAGCCCAACUGACCCGAGCUCUGGAAAGUGAUACCAAUGAAAACAUAACCAUUUCUAUCAUAAGAGAGGGCGAAAAUAUGGAUGAAUUCAUUGGUCAAAAUCAGGUCCAUAUUGGGAACGGCGACCGGAUUUAUAUACCACAAUUAGCUCUAAGAAGCGCUUAUUUGGAUGAAUACGAAAAGCAAAUGAAACCAAUUUAUUACAACUCAAUGCCAUCAGUGGUCAAAAUCAGGUCCAUAUUGGGAACGGCGACCGGAUUUAUAGUGGACGACAAGGGGUUGAUUGUGACCAACGCUCACGUGACCGGAGAUUUUGCUUACAUUAGUGUUGAGUUUUACGGCGGAUAUCAAACGGAAGAUCUAUUGGUGGGCACCGAAGGCACGGACGCUGUCCACCAACUCAUGGGACAAGUGGUGUGCGUUCAGCCGCUCAACGACUUGGCACUCAUACGGCUUCACGUAAUGCCCGGUGUUUUGACGCCAAUAAAAGUGUCCAAAAGGACGGAUCUGACGGUUGGCGAACCGGUGAUGGCUAUCGGCAACCCUUUGCUCACUUGGAGCGCAGCUCACGGAGUGAUUACUGGUCUAAAUCGGCCGGACAUUCAAAGUGUCGGUUUUGAUAAGUAUUACACGGGUUUAUCGCGUACUCAACACCAAUACCUCAUACACUCGGCGCCAACUGUUUCCGGCUUUUCCGGCGGACCUAUACUUGAUUUGAACGGCGAAGUGAUUGGCGUAUCGAUGGCUGUCAUCUUAAACACUAGUAUCGCGGUUAACGCCACGGAUGUGAACCAAUUUCUUGAAAGAGGACUUGAAUUUGAGAAAAAUGCGAGAAAAACGAAAUAUUCAUCAGAAGGCAAGUCAUUGGGAGUGAUGUUAGAAAAACAAAGUGAUAAUAGUCUUAAAAAAUGGUUUACAAAUGAAUGA